GACCUGGGUGAGUACAGAAGGGAGCACCCUGGCCACACCCUUCUACAGUAUGUAGAUGACAUCCUGAUUGCUGCCAACACUGCCAAAGACUGUGAGCGAGGGACCCAGGACCUGCUGGCUACCCUGGGGCCCUUAGGGUACCGGGCAUCCGGGAAGAAGGCUCAGAUAUGCAGGGAGAGGAGAAGUAAGAGAAUUCCUAGGAUCGGCCAGCUACUGCCGCCUCUGGGUUCCGGGUUUUGCUGAGAUCGCCAGGCCCCUAUAUGAAGCUACCAAAGAGGGGAAAACAUUUAAAUGGGCUGAAAAAGAAGAAACUGCCUUUAAUCGGUUAAAAAAGGCUCUCCUAUGUGCCGCAGCCCUGGGCCUACCAGACAUUACGAAGCCCUUCCACCUCUUUGUAGACGAACAUAAGGGAAUAGCAAAAGGGGUUCUAACUCAAGCCUUAGGCCCCUGGAACCGCCCAGUGGUUUACCUGUCCAAGAAGCUAGACCCAAUAGCUGCCGGCUGGCCGCCAUGCCUAAGAAUUAUUGCAGCGACAGCACUCCUAGUCAAGGACGCAGACAAACUGACCCUAGGACAGGAGAUCUGGAUCACUACCCCACACGCCAUUGAAGGGGUCCUGAAACAGCCUCCUGAUAGAUGGAUGAGCAACACACGUAUGACUCAUUACCAGAGCCUCCUACUCAACCUUCCGUGGGUGUGGUUCUACUCCAGUGUGGCCCUCAAUCCUGCAACCCUGCUGCCCGAUCCUGACCUAGGUGCUCCACUACAUGACUGUGCAGGAAGCCUGGAACAAGUACAUGGAUUCUGGACGGACCUGACCCACCGGCCCCUCCCUGAUGCCCAGGCUCCUUGGUUGACUGAUGGUAGCAGCUUUGUACGAGCCGGACACAGGUAUGCAGGUGCAGCGGUGGUCACCGAAAUGGACACCGUAUGGGUGGAGGCUCUACCCUCUGGAACGUCAGCCCAGCGAGCAGAGCUCAUAGCCCUCACCAAGGCGCUGAUGCUGGGAGCUGGAAAAUGGCUUAACAUCUACACAGACAGCUGUUAUGUGUUUGCCACAGCUCAUAUUCAUGGGGCAAUUUAUCAGGAGAGGGGGUUACUGACGGCAGAAGGAUGGACUAUAAAAAAUAAACAAGAGAUACUUGACCUGCUUACGGCCUCAUGGCUUCCUGCCAAGCUAGCCAUUAUCCACUGCCAAGGGCACCAAAAAGCUGAUAACCCAGUAGCUAGAGGUAAUCAAAAGGCUGACCAGGCAGCCAAGGCAGUAGCCCUUACUCCAGUCCCCACCAUGACCAUACAACUACCAGACCCGGGAGACCCAGUUUUACCAGACCAGCCCAAAUACUCCCAGGAGGAGUUACAGCGGAUCAAGAAACUCCCCAUGGCCCAGGAGAUAAAGGGAUGGUCGUAUACACCUAACAAGGAGCUUGUGCUGCCAGACCAGCUCGGAGUCUCAGUAUUAGAGCACAUGCAUCAGUCUACUCACAUGGGGGCCCGAAAAUUAAAAGACUUAAUCUGACAUGCCAGAAUCAAGAUGCACCAACAGGACACCAAAAUAGAGCAAGUUGUAUCUGCCUGCAAGACCUGCCAACUCACCAACGCGAGAGCCACAUCAAAUAAAAAAGGAACCAGGCUCAGAGGCACCAGACCGGGAGCCCAAUGGGA